UGCCUCCCCUGGCAGGCCCCAUAAAAGUGACUGUCACUGACCCAGACACCAGAGCCAGCCCUAGACCCGACAGCAGGACAGCCAGACGACGGACAGCCCAAUGGCACUGAGCGUGCAGACUCAGGCUGCCUGCCUCCUGCUCCUUGUUCUCACUGGCCUGACCAGCGGCUCGGUUCUCCAGCAGCAGACACAGCAGCUCGCAGCCCGCCAGCCGCAGGACACAACCGGAGCCCAGACCAGCUUGAUGCCUGCUGCCCACAGCCUCAGCCGGCGAGACACCCACUUCCCCAUCUGCAUCUUCUGCUGCAGCUGCUGUAGGAAUUCAAAAUGUGGGAUCUGCUGCAAGACCUAGAGCCUGCCCGCCUGCCCGCCCGGCCCCGGCCCCCCUCCGCCCUUAUUUAUUCCUGCCGCCUUCCACAUUUGUCUGGCAAUAAAAUGGAUGGUUCUUUUAUUUUCCA